AUGGAACAUUUGGACAUCCAUGGAUCUGUAAACCCAAAACAGAUCAAGUCAUGGACUCAGCGAGAUCCAUUGUUGUCCAGAGUACUAAAAGUUGUUCUCCAGGACUGGCCAGAUAAAUGCCAGGAAGCAAACCUGCAACCCGUUUUUAAAAGACGGACUAAACUCAAUGUACACAAUGGUUGUCUUCUAUGGGGAUCACGUGCCAUUGUACCUCCACAGGGACGUCAACAGGGGAUACAGGAACUUUAUGUAACUCAUCCAGGGAUUUAUCGUAUGAAAAUCCUCGCUAAAAGCUAUGUGUGGUGGCCUAAGAUGGACAAUGAACUUGAAAUUACGCAGUUGUACAGAGAGUCAACUACAUCAGCGUACAUCACAGGAAGAUCAUGGAAAAGUCCAGGACGGCCUUGGUCCAAAAUUCACAUCGACUAUGCGGAACCAUACAUGGGGAAAAUGUUUCCUAGCAAUAGAUUCCUAUACAAAAUGGCUGGAAAUCUUCCAGCUAAUGGAUCGACUAGUAGUUCCACCAUUGAGAAACUACAACAAUGUUUUGCCACCCAGGGUCUACUGGAUCAGAUUGUAUCUGAUAACGGCACCAGCUUCACCCAUGAUGCAUUCAAGGAAUUCAGGAGACGAAAUGGAAUUAACCACAUCUUGACUUCUCCCUAUCACCCAGCAUCAAAUGGGCAAGUAGAGCGAGCUGUCCAGUUCUUCAAAGGGACUAUGGCGGUAAAAGAUAAAAGGUGGUGCCAUUGA